AUGGCUUUUGAUGGUGUUAACUGGAUUGUACAUGAUUCAUCACAAUAUAUCCUUCCAGAUGAGCUCUAUGGUUAUGAAUUCCAUAACACAUUCUGCUACUCGUUGGUUACUUAUGCUCUUUUAGAUGUUGGGUUAAACAAACUUCAAUAUGUUCUUGAUAUUUCUGAUUUUGUUGAAAAAGUGAAAAAGGAUGGGUUGUUUUGUGUUCAAGAGAUUUAUGUUGAACCUUUUGUUAAAACUGUUUCUAUCCAUUUCCCACAUACUUUGAACAUGGCAACCAACAAUUAUCUGUGUACUCUUCUGUACAACUUGGUUGUUUCAAAUCCAAAUAUGAAUGUUUGGGAAGCUAGAAUCAAGAUAUUUGGCAGCUUCAAGAUAUGGAUCGAUGUGCACAAAAUCCAUGAAGCUUUAGAGUACACAAAGCACCAAGUGAAGCUUUUCAAGAACUAUAGGAAACAAGAAGAUCGAUGA